GGCAGCGCAGCUUCGGGGAGCCCCAGUCCACUGCCGCAGCACAAGCGAGCUGGUGAACAUCCGCAGCAGGAAAGACCGACGAAAACAUGGCAGAGGAAGUGAACGUCGCCCUGCAUAACAUAUCUCAGGCAAAUAAUGUCUUUACUUUCGACAUGUACAAGAUUUUGGCGGCGGAGCCUGGAAACUUGUUCUUCUCUCCUAUCAGUAUACAGGUAAUACUCGCGCUCACAUUCCUUGGAGCCAAAGCCAAUACGGCCAAACAGAUUGCCAGAGGACUGCGUCUACCUGAGGACACAACUGUCGUUGAAGAUGGUGUUGGGGCUAUAAUGAACAGAUUACAGGACAACAACGAUGUGCUGCUUGACAUAGCGAACAGAAUAUUUCUGAAAGCUGGUUAUGGCAUUAAAGAAGGGUUUAAUCAGUCAGCAACUAGAUUCAAGGCUGGAAUAGAAGAAGUUGAUUUCCUGCAAGAACCACAAGCAAGGAAAACAAUAAAUGACUGGGUGGAGAAGAAGACAAAUAAUAAAAUAAAAGACAUAAUUCCACCUGGUAUCUUGACCGACUUAACUCGGAUGGUACUGGUCAAUGCCAUAUACUUCAAAGGGGACUGGCUCAAAAAGUUUGAAGAGGAUAGAACCUCACCUUUACCUUUUCACUCAGCUGUUGGACAAUCAAAGAAUGUGGACAUGAUGUUCCUCGAGGAAGAAUUCAAGUACACGGAGAUAAAUGAUUUAAACUGUCAAGCUCUUCUGCUUCCUUAUAAGGGAGAACGUCUUAACAUGAUGAUCCUUCUACCCCGAGAAGUUAACGGUUUGGCAAGCCUUGAGGCGAAACUUGCCGACUUCAGUCUCCAAGACACUGUGAACAACAUGUAUGGGACAAAAGUAUAUGUCUAUUUACCCAAAUUCAAAAUGGAAUACUCAAAAGAACUUAACGGUCCACUAGCUAGGCUCGGAAUGAUCGACAUGUUUGAUGACUUCGCCUCUAAUUUCUCUGGAAUUACUGACGAAGAGCGACUUAAGGUGGACGCGGUCUUACACAAGGCUUUCGUCGAAGUCAACGAGAAGGGAACAGAAGCCGCCGCUGCUACUGCUGUGAUUAUUUCCUACCCAACCUCCGUCGGAUUUGGGCCGCCACCACCCAUCAUCUUCAAAGCGGAUCACCCCUUCCUGUUCCUCAUACUGGACCAGCAGACGAAAACUGUGCUGUUCGCGGGACGUUACUCGGAGCCUCCGUCCACACGCUGAUGUGAACACAUUGCCUAGCGUAAAGCGAGCAGCACGUUGGAUAUUUGCACCGUAUCACACCCAUUUGAAGAAAACUGUUUUAUAAAACGCUCGCUCUUUACUGUAUGAAUUUGUUUUGAAAGACAGGCCUAUCCUCAAAAUAAAUAUAAAUUACGAGGAA